UUCACCAAUGUUUUCAUGUAAACAUUGCGAACUUUGAGAAAGCUUUCGUACAACUCUAGAACUCUAUGCAAAAACAUAACCCUAACCACCUUAACUGUCAACAUUAAAUUCCGGUGCCUAAAAGUCUUCUUAUGGUUUUGUGGACCCUGUCAGAUAUGACGGAAUAACGUAAUGUACAAAGAUUAAUUGCUUAAAUAUACAAUAAUCGCAGCAUUGGAAAAUACUGUAAAAUUAUGGCGAAUAAAUUGCGAGUUUUCUCGCUCCUCAUGUGGAAGAACUAUACUGUUCGAAAAAGACAUUGGAAAGUCAGUUUAUUGGUGGAAAUUUGCAUUCCUUUACUUUUGUUUAUACUAACUCAAGUCAUCAGAGAUUUCGCUGUGGAAAAUAGUUCUUACGUGAAAAUAGAAACCAACGACACGUAUUAUCCAAUUCAAACGAAGGAUGAAGUUUUGAGCUUUAUGAAUGAUAUAAAGACAUUCGUCUACUUUGUACCCAAGAAUAAUUUCACGAAAGAUAUAAUGCAAACAACUCGUAGAUGUCUCUCACUUCCUGAAAGCAGAGUCAUAGGAUUUUCUUCUGAAGACGAAUUGCUGAAAAACUAUACUUCGAAAAAACUCGCUGAUAUUGACGCCGAAGUUCUCGGAGUUAUUUUCAAAAACCCUGAUGAACUUAAUUCCACUUCGAAACGCCUUGAUUAUACAAUUAGAUCUGAUGGCCGGUCAAUAAAUGCAUUCCUCGAUUUUGUUAAAAAGAAGCCAUUUUUACAAAUUCAGAUGUGUCUUGAUGAAUCCUUCCUCACACUGAAAAUGUCAAAUUCUAAUUUCAACAGCCAAAUUUCUAUACAACAAAUGCCAGAUCCUGCACAAACUGUGAACCUAGUUCAGGAAUUUAUUCGACCCAUGUAUGCAGUGGUUGCAGUAAUGGCGUUUUUAAUUCCACUUUAUAUCGAAGCUGCCUACCCUGCCAAUGAAAAGAAUAUCGGAGUGAAUGUACUAAUAUCGAUGAAUGGUGUUAAAAAUUACGAGAAUCUGUUAAGCUGGUUGAUGAGUGGAUUAUUUUUCAGCAUAUUGUACAUCCUACCCCGACUGAUAUUAUUUAAGAUCUCUUUCUCGCAAGCUACACCGUACUUAUAUUUUGGAAAUAUUUUCCUUGUGGGAGUAAUGCAUUAUGUGCAUAUAGUUCAUCUUUUAGCAUUUGGAUACCAUAUUGCUUCAUACUUUUCUAAAUCUACCUUUAGAGCACUGGCGAUAGAAUUCAUUUAUCUUGGAUCAUUUGCGAUGCAAAAUUACUUCAUCAAAAGUAAAAUUUAUGCUAUUAUUCCAUAUUUUGGAAUAUUUUUUCCAAACAUUCUCUUAUAUCGAAUUUACGAAGAGAUUGAUAUAUACGAAGAACAAUACAUAGGUGUUGGAUUCGAUAAUUUAUUCCUUGUUGGGGAUUUGAGGUAUGCGAAUGCAGGAAGUUUGGGUGUCAUAUUGAUAUUUUCAAUCCUGGGUACUGUACUUCAUUUCUUGCUAGCUCUUUAUGUUUCCUCUCUAUUUCCUGGAAAAUUUGGAGUCGCAAAGCAUCCGCUUGACUUUUUAAAGAUUCUGAAGUCAAAAAAAGUCUCUUCAGAAGAGGAAUUAUAUGAUUGCAAUUACAACAAUAUGGAAGGAAAACCUUUUGAGGCAAUACCUAAAGACGUUUUUACUCCUGGCAUUCAGAUCCGAAAUUUGAAAAAAUCGUAUGUCAUGAACGUUUUUAGUGGCGAAGCAACCCAAGCACUUCGUGGAAUUUCUCUCGAUUUUUAUAAAGGACAAAUAACAACUUUGCUUGGUCAUAAUGGUGCAGGAAAGACCACUAUGAUGUCAAUUUUAACCGGUUUACUGAGUCCAACCGAAGGAAUAGUUCUUAUAAAUGGAAAAAGAGUCACUGAUCAAAUGGACGAAAUUGUAACCGAUUUAGGUCUUUGUCCUCAAGAAGAUAUUCUUUUCCCAGAUUUAAAUGUAUUCGAACAAAUCGAGUUUUUUGGCUUGUUAAAGAAUAAAAACAAGACGAGGGCGCAAGUAAAGAAAAAUGUGAAUGACCUACUGAAACAAUUGAAAUUAACCGCAAAACGGAACGUAUUACCUGCGAAACUCUCUGGAGGUCAAAAAAGGAGAACUUGUCUUGGAAUGGCAAUAAUUGGCGAUGCAAGCACACUAAUAUUGGACGAACCUACAUCCGGAAUGGAUCCUGAAACCAGAAGAGAAGCGUGGGAUAUUUUAUUGAAAAUGAGAGGGGAAAAGACGAUUUUGAUAAGCACUCAUAAUAUGGAAGAAGCUGACGUUCUUGGAGAUAGAACUGCUAUUGUUCAAUUAGGAGAAUUAAAAAGUUACGGGACGCCAAUGUUUUUGAAAAAAUUCUAUGGCCAAGGAAACAUUGAAGUGACAUUAUCUACAGAAGACAAAUAUGACCUGGAGAAAAUAAGAAAUCAAUUCACCGGAGAAAGCGAGCUAAUUAAUUUUGACGGUGGAAAAAUAGUUUUGAGUAUUCCAUACACAGACCAUUUACCAGAUGACUUAGACAAGAUUGAAUCAUCAAAAAAAAAACUUGGUGUAAAUGGCAUUAGCGUCUCACUAAUAACUUUGGAGCAGGUUUUUCUCAAGGCGACGAAUGAAGAUAAUGAUAAGACUGAAGUGGAUAAUUCACAUAUGGAAAGAAUAAAGAAAGUUGAUGGUCACAAACUUGUCUUUCAGUCGGCAAUGGCGCUCUUGUUAAAGAAAUUAACAUUCACGCAAAAAAAUAUGUUAACAUUUUUGUUCAUGCUGUUGCUUCCUUUACUGGGAAUUCUUUUCAUAGCAUUGGGUUCUAUCGAUCUUGAUGAUACAAAUGUACAUCCGACAAGACUUGAUAUGUACAGAGAUCCAAUAACUUUCUAUUUCUCGAAUGAUGACCACUGUGGACAAAUUUAUGAUUCGACUGUCAAAAGUUUCAACGGAAAAGUCACAAGAAUCAAAGAUUCUAACAUUUCCGAAGCUUUGCUGAAUUUUAGUAGAAAUGACUUGGGACAUUACAAAAAUAAUCUAGUAGCUGCUGCAACUUUUGAACUCGACAAAUAUCAAAAAAUGGAAGCUAAUGCUUUAUUUUCUCAGAAGAUAUUUUACAGUAUACCAAUAUCUUUCAAUCUUCUUUCAAAUACCAUAAUCAAAGCUUUGGUUGGAGAAGAUUAUCAAAUAGAUUUGUCGACUCAGCAAAUGCCAAAUCCAUACCAUUUCCGGGAUGUAGCCGUUACUGAUGGAAAAGAAUACUUCGACACUAUUUUGUUUAUGUCUUUCCUAAUUCCAACCUUAGCAAUGUACGUUAUUCAUCCUCUGAGAGAAUCCUACUCUGGAAUAAAGAACCUUCAAAGGAUGACUGGAGUCACGAGCUACUUGUAUUGGGGCACUUUUUUCAUCUUUGAUUUCCUUUUCUUCAUUAUCUCGCUGAUUCUCAUGUUGAUAGGAUUUUAUUGCAUGGAUGUAAUUCUGGAUCUGCGACUAUUUUAUGGAACUGAAAUGAGUAUUAUGUUUCUCUUGCUGACAUUAUUUGCUGUGAGUACACUUCCAUUUGUUUAUAUCUUCACUUUCCUGAAGAGAAAAACAAGUACCGUUAUAAGUAUUCUAGCCAUUCUUCCCCUCGUAUUUGUUUUAUUGGAAAGUAUAAUUAAUGGAGUGAUACACAUCGCAGUCGGAGAUAAAUCCAUCGCAGAAAUUCUUUCUGUGAUCGAGAAAAGAAUUUUUAUGCUCUUACCUUCCGUAAGCUUCUUUUACGGUCAAGUUAGCUUCUUUGUAACCGCAAAUAAAAACGCCCAUUGUCGAAAGAUGCCAGAAUAUUUGCUAAAGUUGGCUUGUGAAGAAAUGAACCCAUGUUGCAGUCUCAACUGCUCUGAUGGUAAAUGUGAAAAGCAUUUCGAAUAUUUCGGAAACUUUGAAAAGAACGGGGAUCUAGAGGAAUGCGCAUUAUACUUAUUCCUGACUCCUUUUCUUUAUUUCACAAUACUCUUGUUAUUGGAACAAAAAAUAGUACCACUUGCACUUUAUAAAUAUUCGAAAAAAAAUCCUGAUGGUAAUAAUCAGGAAAUGGACGAACAAGUGAUGAAUGAAAAGACUUCCGUUGCUGCUGAGAUUGAGAAAUUGAUAAAGCAAGAAAACUCCAUUCAAAUGCAGAGCAGAUUGGAAAAUGCAAGCGGAGACUAUUCUGCUGUGAAUACUCUUGCAGAAAAUGACUCCAUUUAUUUGGUCUAUAAAUUGAGUAAAAACUAUGGAAAUCUUACUGCAGUAAAGGAAAUUAGUUUCAGUGUUAAAAAAAGCGAAUGUUUUGGAUUACUUGGUGUUAAUGGUGCAGGAAAAAGUACGACCUUCAGAAUGCUUACUGGGGAGGAAGUUCCUAAUAGUGGUGUCAUGUAUUUGAAUGGAAAAGAAAUUACUUCCAAUAGAAAAGAGUAUCUGGCUCAGAUGGGAUAUUGUCCACAAAAUUCUGCUUUGAUAAAAACGCUGAAUUCUAGAGAUCACUUGAAAUUAUUCGCUUGUCUUCGAGGAGUUCCAAAUAAUCAAGUGUCUUCUGAAGUUCAAAAAUGGAUCAACAGAUUAAAUUUAAAUCUUUGCGCACUUCAGCCAUGUGGAACCUAUAGUGGAGGAAACAAACGAAGAUUAAGUAUUGCUAUUGCAUUAAUCGGAAAUCCAAAUUUGGUAUUAUUGGAUGAGCCAACGACAGGCGUUGAUCCCGCUGCUCGAAGAUCUCUAUGGCAUGUGAUUAAAUCUUGCCAAUUAGCUGGACAAUCUAUUAUUCUGACAUCUCACAGUAUGGAAGAAUGCGAAGUCCUUUGUAAUCGACUCGUAAUUAUGGUGAGAGGACAACUGGUCUGUAUUGGCCCAAGUGAACAAUUGAAACAGCGAUUUGGAGCUGGUUACGAUAUCAACUUAAAAUUGCAUCCAGAUAGAUCUAAUAUUGACAUUGUGAAUAUGAAAAACGAUAUAGAAAAGGCUCUGGAAUGUGAACUUCGUGAUGAGCACGUGGGCUACUUAACGUACCACGUUACUAAUGCCACUACAAAAUGGAAAACCAUGUAUGGCGUAAUGAAAAAUUUGCAAGAAAAAUACAGCUGCAUAGAGGAUUUCUCAGUAUUAUCUGCUACACUUGAGCAGCUGUUCUUGCAGUUUGCUAGGGCUGAUGAAAAUAAGAUGCCCACUUCUGAAGAGAGAAAUCUCAUCAUAUCCUUAGUAAAUAGCGAGCCAGGUGCCCAGCUUUAAAUGUGAGAUUAUUGUGUUGCCGUUUGUCGUAUUUAAUUUUCCCAAAGCAGCUUUGCGUUAAUAAUGCACAUUCGUCAAUUAGAAAUAAUUAUAUUUGAAGACUUCUUAAGGAAACUACUUAUUGACAGACGCAAUAGAGAAUUACAAAACGCUGUAUAAUCAAAUAAUUAGUGUGAUAAUAGUGAAGUAACAAAAAAAUAUACAGAAAUAAUUGGAAACUAAGCAUCUUCGCCCAAAAUACUUUAAAAAGCUCGUCUUAUAUACUUUAAAGUGUAAAGUAAGCUCAUAACUUUUUACGGAGUUUCGCGUUCAGUUUUGUCCAAAUUUUAGUUAUAUCUCGAAAAUCUAACUAUUUUUUGCCUUCCAACACUCGAAAAUCCUCUUUAUAAUAUUUUAAUAACUGAUUGGGGUAAUGUUUUUUGAUUGUCGAAUACCACAAAAGGGAUUUAAGAUUUAAAAAAGGCAAAGAGACUGGAUCUUCAUGUAAAUACGACAUUUAAAUCGUAUCAAUUAUAUUGUAGUCAAUAAUAUUUUAAUAAGUUCUUGUAAGAUAUUUCUUACAAGGUACAAGUAUUAUUAAUAAUUUAGCUUAUACAAAACUAUUUUCAUACUGUGAUUACUGUAGUUUUUUUUUAGAGAAAUAUAUUUGUUGAGGCU